AUGGCGGGCAUGGCGGAGGCGGAGCGGCUGAGCGCGGAGAUCAGCCAGCGGGAGCGGGAGCUGCGCGGCCUGCGGGACCGGCUGGCCACCGUCCUGGCGGGGGGUGCCGCGGGGGACACCGCGCACACGGAGGAGGAUGCCUCCGCCUUUCCCGGCGAGCUCCCCCCGCUGCCUGCCCAGGCCUCUCUGAGCCCCGCCGACAUCCUGCGGUACAGCCGGCAGUUGAUGCUGCCUGAGCUCGGCGUGCGGGGACAGCUGCUUCUGGCCCGCUCCUCCGUGCUCGUUGUGGGCUGCGGCGGCCUGGGCUGCCCCCUGGCCCAGUACCUGGCGGCGGCUGGCGUCGGCCGCCUGGGUCUGGUGGAUCACGACGUGGUGGAGACGAGUAACCUGCACCGGCAGGUGCUGCACGGGGAGGCCCGCCGGGGGCUGCCCAAAGCCAUAUCUGCCGCGGCAGCUCUUCGGCUACUGAACUCCACAGUGCAGUACGUGCCGUACUGCGGCGCCCUGAGCCCUCGCACCGCUCUGGAGCUGGUCCGGCAGUACGAUGUCGUCGCCGACUGCUCCGACAACGUCCCCACCAGGUACUUGGUGAAUGACGCCUGUGUUCUGGCUGGGAAGCCCCUGGUGUCUGGCAGUGCCCUGCGGCUGGAGGGGCAGCUGGUCGUGUACAACUACCAGGGAGGGCCCUGCUACAGGUGUCUCUUCCCCAAGCCCCCUCCACCAGAGACAGUGACCAACUGUGCAGAUGGGGGAGUGCUGGGUGUUGUGCCGGGCAUCAUGGGGUGCAUACAGGCCUUGGAAGUGCUGAAGAUCGCCUCGGGAAUGGGUUCCUCUUUCAAUCAGUUCAUGCUGAUGUUUGAUGCCCGAGAAGGGAGAUUUCGCAACAUCAAGUUAAGACCAAAGAAACCAGACUGUGUUGUUUGCGGUGAUAAUCCAUCUGUCACCUGCCUUCAGGAUUAUGAGGCAUUUUGUGGUUCUUCAGCAACAGACAAGUGUAGGACUUUACAUCUGCUGUCUGGUAAAGACAGGAUAUCUGUAGAGCAAUACAAGAAACUGUUGGAUGAGCAAGUUCCUCAUGUAUUGCUAGAUGUUCGUCCACAGGUAGAAGUGGAUAUCUGUUGCCUGGCACACGCUGUUCACAUUCCUUUGAGUAAAUUAGAAGAAAAAGAUGAACAGUAUCUGGAACACUUAGAAAAAAGAAUUUGUGAAGAAAAGCAGAGAACUAAUGGCCAGACAUCGUUUCCUGUAUAUGUUAUUUGCAAAUUGGGAAACGAUUCCCAGAAGGCUGUAAGAAUUCUGCAGGAGUUGACUGUCAAAGAAUUUGCUUCUGUGUUAGCCAAAGAUAUUAAAGGGGGGCUCAUGGCUUGGGCCACUAAAAUUGACCCAACAUUUCCUCAGUAUUAGAAAUUUAAAUGGUGAAAAACAGUACAAAUGUUCAUAGUAAAUUCCAUAGGGUUUCACCUUUCUGUGUCAUAACU